AUGGCCUAUACCGGCGUUGAAACGUCAGUCACUCUUCAAGUGGUUGAUGAUACGGAACCCCCUUCCCCAGAGGAAAGCGGCACAUUGGUCGUUACUGAGGAGGUCGAAAUAUCGGAACAUUUGUUUCAGCCCAUCAAAUAUACCUAUGAGUGUUAUAACUAUGAUGGCAGGGACUUUACAGAGACUCACGCUGCCCCCUUGAAUCUCGAAGUUGUGAAAGAGGCGGAGCAGCUCGUCGCGGAGGAGCAGUCCUGCGUGUUUGAGAUAGAGACGAGGGUCGAGGUCAAGCGGCCUCGGAAUGGGGCUCACGAGGAUGAUUAUGAUUAUUCACUGGACUGGAUGGAGGUGCGCGGGAUCAAUGAGGCCAAGAUGAUAAUUCACUCACUGCCAUUGCUGGAUGCUAUUCGAGAAAUUGUCAAGUACUACCCCAGCCAGAAUCUCAUCGGUGACAAGGUCACGGUCCACGAGCCGUAUAUGGUGUUGAUCCAUCACAUCCGGGAACUGAAAGAGCUGAAGGCCCGAUUAGAGAGCAGUCUCACCGCCGACUCCGAUAAUCGUAUUCUAGAAAAGUGCCGCCACCUUCAGGUCCUGCUUGAUUUCCUGAAUCUCAAGUUUCAACGGCCGUUGGCCCAAGCUGACAAGCGACUGCUCAAAGAAACCCCCACUGUUGUCUUCGAGGACAUCUGGUACCUUCUGAAGCCGGGAACUUUGGUCUACUUCCUCCAUGAUGGUCUAUGGCUUGGUGGCGCGAUUGAAAGUGUGAGUCGCAGGAGCAAAGACAGUGACAAGAAAGAGGCCUGGAUAGUCAACGUCUUGUUCCAGGACGUUGACUUUUAUAAACACGCGCUUGGCCGCGCUCCUUGUUGCAUUAUCAUAGAGGCCUUUGACGGUGAGAAACUUGUUACCAGUCUGCCAGUGCUCCCAUGCCAGUUUCAUGACCGUCAGGACAAUGGCGCAAGACGGGCAGCGUUUCAGAAAAGGGGAGCUUUAGUUGCUGACAUCGUGUGGAGUGGCUAUAAGUACAUGAAAUAUAGUGGGACGACAAUGGACAGGAAGAAGAAAAAGUAUGAAGGCCCUAUUAUAAUCGGUCCCUGUGACCUAGAGAUUGAGUUUCCCGAACACGACUGGAACUUUGAUUGGAGUCCAACCGAUAUCGUGAAUGCGAAGAUCGGAGAUAAAGAUAAUCGAGACCCCAUUCAUCCGACAAUUCCCCUUGAUCUGAACGUCGAUGCCAGUGAUAAAUCGCUGCUUUCCGAUGAUCACCUCUUAAUGAUGGUCCCAGUCAUGGCUGCAUUUGCUUUGUCGACUAAGACUUGGGAGCCUGUGAACAUUGACUGGGUUACGGAGAUGGAUAAACCAGAUACCAUCCCCGACGCAAACACAAACCCCGAAAACCUUGACAUUAUCAAAGCACUAUCUGAUCGCCAGAUUAAAACAAAGUUUCCUUGGUCUGCAGAUUUUAUCAAGGAUAAAGGAGAAGGCGUUGUGGUGCUGCUUCAUGGACCCCCUGGAGUUGGAAAGACAUAUACCGUAGAAUCAAUUGCAAUAAACACCGGCCGUCCCUUGAUGAGCCUGACAAUAGCAGACCUUGGAGCCAGGGAAGACGCGAUAGAAACCAAUUUGACGAAAUGGUUUGCACUUGCUCAAAAAUGGCGGGCAAUUCUGCUUCUGGACGAGGCAGACAUUUUCCUCGAACGUCGAGAACACAAAGAUCUCGCCCGCAAUGGAAUCGUUUCUGGUAGGCUCAAUUCUAUGCACCCUUUAUGGAUAUGGGUCACUGACUGCAUCCUCAAAGCUUUUCUCCGAAAGAUGGAGUUCUUCAGGGGGUUGCUUUUCCUGACCACCAACAGAGUCGGUCACAUCGAUGAAGCAUUCAUUUCACGGGUCCAUGUCAUCAUCGGUUUCGAGAAGUUGGACUCCAAUCAGCGCAAAAAGAUUUGGAAAAGCUUUCUGGAUAAGCUCCGCGCCGAGCGGAAGGGCCAGAUUCGGGUCACACCGGCCUGCACCAACUACGUGCUGGGAGACGAGAUGAGCUCCAUGGAGUGGAAUGGGCGUGAGAUCCGGAAUGCGUUGCAGACGGCCAUUGCCCUAGCCGAAUAUGACCUUCGUAGGAGCGAAGACUAUGAGGAAGGGAUGGAGAUCACCGUUGAGGGAAUUCACUUUCAGAAGGUUAUGAAAAUGAGCCGGUCCUUCCGCGAGUAUAUGAACAGCAUCCAGCGGGAUACAGAGGAGUAUCGCGCCACAAAGUUUUACGGCCGCAACGACUAUUUCCGAACGGAUAACACUUCAACUGCCACGCAUAAUCCGAGACCUGCAUAG